AUGGUUGCUGACUUUGCUAAACUCAUGAUCAAUCGAUUCCAAAUGAGCAUGAAUCGAGAGUUGAGCUUCUUUCUUGGUCUUCAAGUCAAACAGACUAACAGAGAAAUUUUCAUUUACCAAGAGAAGUACAUGUCAGAAGUCCUCAAAAAAUACUCAAUGGAGACAUGUGCCUCUACAAAGGUGCCGAUGGGCUUCGGACACAAGAUCUUUGCCGACCCUUCUGGUGUUCCUGUGGAUGAAAAGAAGUAUCGUGGAAUGAUUGGAUACCUACUCUAUCUCACAACAAGUCGUCCGAAUAUAAUGUUUUCCACAUGCCUAUGUGCCAGAUUUCAAGUCAACACAAAGAUGUCCCAUCUUUUAUCUAUGAAACAAAUUUUCCGAUACCUUAAAGGUACCAAGUGUCUCGGAAUCUGGUACCCAGCAAAUGAGAGCUUCCUACUUCAAGCUUAUUCAGAUUUGAACUAUGGUGGUCUUCAAAUUGAUAGAAAAAGCACUGUGGGUGGAUGUCAAUUCUUAGGUGGUCGUUUGGUCAGCUGGUCAUCCAAGAAACGUAAUUGCAUUGCACUCUCUACACCCAAAGCGGAAUACAUUGUUGCUGCCAGCUGUACAUCUCAAGUUUUGUGGAUGAAAUCUCAACUCCUUGAUUAUGGUUACCACUUUCAACACAUUCCUAUCUAUUGUGACCCUCAAUGUAACAUACCGAAUUUCAGGUAA